AUGCAUCGAUAUACUCCGAAUAUCCUGGCACUUGGCCUGCUAUAUUGUCAUGGAGUCAUGUCCAUGCAAGUUGCUCAACUCGCCAUUGAAUGGUGUCUCGAUCACCCAGAAGCAGAGGCUGGAUACGCGCAAUGCAUCAGUAAGGUCGUUUGCCAGCCAUCCUUUCAAGCGAGCGAAACCCAAGCAGGCUCUGCGGCAUGUGUGUCCUAUGGCGAAUGCGAUUGCUCUAAAAUCGAAGACAAGAAUUGUCAUGAGUAUUAUCAGUGUAUCUCGAACCCCAAUUGUGCUGCUUGCACUUUGCCCGACAUCACGACUGUACCAGUGACGACUUCAAUCUACGAGCUUGAAACACUCGCUCCAGGCACCUACACGCUUACAAUGAGUGGAACUACCAAGACUGCCGUUGUGCCCCUGGCAACUUUCACAAUCACAGACUUCACCACAACAGUCACGGCGACAUCAACCCUGACACUGACUGUUACAAAGGAUACGACGGCUAAAACAACGUCCGUAGAGAUCCCUUCAUACAAGACCAUAGCCUCAACUACUAUUCCCGAUGCUACAAAGGUCUCCACAGUCACAGCGACGUCAAUCUUGACAAUGACUGUCACAUCAACAAGCAGAAGUACGACUGGGAGUAUAUCCCCAACACCAACAGUUCCUCCAACAUGCCCGUCGUACUGCGAUUGCAAGCCGAAAUACGGAGAUCCUGAUGCGUUUGAAAGCUGUCUGAAACAGCCCGAAUGUGCUGGUUGUGGGAUCCCAUUCCCUCCAUUGCCAGAUCCCAUUCCUGAGCCUGCUACAACCAAAGGGCAUAAUUCGACCACCACUACAUCCGCCAAGCCAACUCCUUCCUGCGCUGCUUGGUGUGACUGUUCGAAAAUCGAUGACAAGAAAAGCGAUGCUAGUACAGCUACUUUCAAUGCAUCACGGACCCAGGCUGUGAGCGUUGUCUCAUUGGAGGUAGACGAAUUAGCAGGCGCGUCCAUGGAAAUAUACAAUAACAUAUGCACCUCGUACAUGGAUGUUUUUCUUUCUAGCCGUGUUCAACUUGUCCUCCGGCUAGUCAGCACCAGCUCGCUCCUUUUCUUUCUAGAUGGUGUCAUGUAUGAUUUGUGGUCCUAA